AGACCGAAAUAGAAUUAAUUCGCCUGGUCUGAGCAUACGGAAUUAUGAAUUCCUAGUCCAGUUCUCAUUCUUCACAUGCCGUUCCUGUCCCUCCCGACCGCGCUCAAUCCCUUGGGCCGAAUAAGCUUCCCCAGCUUCUAUAACCUCCAUCGAACCUUUCGUCACCUUCUCCCUACCUUCUCCUCCACCUAACCACCUCAACCCCCUAAUGCCAAUCAACCCUCCGUCUCCGUCUACCUAGUACCUACCUAAUAAUUCACUCGCCACGUCAUCCCCACCAUCGCAAUGACCGACAACAGCAACAGCAGCAGCCAGAAGCGGGGCACCGACAGCGACAGCAAUCAACCGCAGCGCCAACCCACCAGCGAUGCCAACCACGACACCAGCACCAACACAGACCACGCCCCGACCAUUCCACCAAAUAGCAGCGCCGCCGCCGACAAUGGUUCGUCCGCGUCGCUUGCCGGUCGCAUUCAAAAUUCCGCCCAGGGUCUCGCUCGAUCCGCGUUCUCCGCCUCCUCGUCCGCCUCGGAUGCUGCACAUCUAUUACCCGGUGGCAGCAGCGGCAGCAAGGCCGGUCCUUCGACGUCCUCAAGGGCAGCGUUCUCCGCGGCACAGCAAUUCGAGGAUUCAGGAGCUUCUGCGCCAUCGUCGUCCGCUCGUGAGCACUCACAUGGUAUAACAGGAGAGACAUUUCGGUCCUCAUCGACGACAGAGAAUCAACACCAGCAGGGCGGAUUCACCCUACCUUCCUUCUCGGAAGCAGAAUUCCAAUCCAGCUACGGUGACGAUCCAUGGGCAGAUUCAUACACAGAUAGACAGACCCUCAAAGGAAAAACCGCAGCACCAGACCCAGACACAGACGAGUCCCCAGAGACGCUCCUCUCCUCGACCGAAAACCUAACGAUACAAUCCCCGACCCCCGUCCCUCUCCCUCUCGCCACCGACGGCUCCGCCAUAACAAACCUCCUCUCCUCCCCCUCCUUCGACCCCGAAUUCCCCCCUCAGCCACACGAGCCCUUCUCGCCCGUCGAAACCGACCUCUCCGAACCCCCCGCCCACAACCCCCUCACCGCCGAGGAAAUCCAAAUGAUCGAAUCCUUCCGCCGCCAGAUGACCCCGCCCGCGCCGCAAUCGCACCGUCUCACGCCCUACAGCCUCGUCCCGGACAUCGACACCAUCCUGAACAGCGCCGCCGUGUGGGGGCCCGGCGCGGACGCGACGGCUCUGCGCGAUACCGUGCUUGAUAGCUUGCCGGGCUCCGCGGAGUGGGUUUCUAUGGAUGAGAAGUACCACGACGAGGUGUGGGGGUAUUUGCGGCCGACGCUGGAGGCGGCGCGGGAGGAGAUGCAGGAGAGGGAGAGGAAGGGUGGAGAGGGGGCGGGGGAGGAUGGGCCGGCGGUUAGGAGGUUGAAGAUGAUUUUGAAGCAUAUGGGGGGUUGAUUCGAGUAUUUUGAAUAUUUAUGAAGGUAGGGUGUGGGGGAUCUUAGGUUGUUUUUGUAGAGUAUACAGUCAGUAUAGAAGUUGUAAGAUAUAUAUCUGCCGAGAUACACUACUAGAAAUGGAUAC